ACGGUGCCCUUCCCCCAACCCCUCACCUCCAGGCGCAGCCGCGCGGCUCCUAGUGGAGCGGUGGCUGGCAAUCGGAAUUCGACUACUUGGGCCUGUCUCCUCCCCGCAGCGCGCGCUUUGAGUGCCGGCUCGGCCUCGGAUCCCGCGCGCGGGUGGGCGUGGCACUCAGGAGAGCGACUUCCGCGAUGUGGGCUCCCACCCUGACUCCCGCGAACUCGGUCAUUUCCUCCUUUCUGCUCAUCUUAGUAACUUAUUCCUCUGCUGGGUUGGCCCUCCCUUAAGACCUCUCGGCCUUAUACUUGCCCGGGCAUGUCUUCCACCGGGGCGCAGUUGUGGAAUCCUCACGCAGGAGCCCUGCUCCGGUAGAGCCCAUAUCCCCUCCACCAUGAACGGGGUCCUGAUUCCUCAUACACCCAUUGCUGUGGACUUUUGGAGCCUGCGCCGAGCUAGUACUGCUCGGCUCUUCUUCUUGUCCCACAUGCACUCGGACCACACCGUAGGCCUAUCUAGCACUUGGACCCGGCCCCUCUACUGCUCGCCCAUCACUGCCCACCUCUUGCACCGUCACCUACAGGUGUCUAAGCAGUGGAUCCGAACCUUGGAAAUUGGUGAGAGCCAUGUAUUGCCUCUAGAUGAAAUUGGAAGAGAGACCAUGACUGUAACCCUCAUCGAUGCAAAUCACUGCCCUGGCUCUGUCAUGUUUCUCUUUGAAGGAUACUUUGGAACCAUUCUUUAUACAGGUGAUUUUCGAUAUACACCAUCUAUGCUGAAGGAGCCAGCCCUGACAUUGGGGAAACAGAUCCAUACUUUAUACCUAGACAACACCAAUUGCGACCCAGCAUUGGUUCUUCCUUCUCGACAAGAAGCAGCCCAACAGAUUGUCCAGCUCAUUCGAAAGUACCCACAACAUAACAUAAAGAUUGGACUCUAUAGCCUAGGGAAGGAAUCAUUGCUGGAGCAACUGGCCCUAGAGUUUCGGACCUGGGUGGUAUUGAGUCCCCGGCGUCUGGAGUUGGUACAGCUGCUGGGCCUGGCAGAUGUGUUCACAGUGGAAGAGAAGGCUGGCCGCAUCCAUGCUGUGGACCAUACAGAGAUCUGCCAUUCCUCCAUGCUGCAUUGGAACCAGUCCCACCCUACCAUUGCUAUUCUUCCCACAAGCCGAAAAAUUCACAUUUCCCACCCUGAUAUCCAUAUUAUCCCUUACUCUGACCAUUCCUCCUACUCUGAGCUUUGUGCAUUUGUUGCAGCACUGAAGCCUUGUCAGGUGGUGCCCAUUGUCAGUCGACGGCCCUGUGGAGACUACUUUCAGGACAGCCUGAGCCCCAGGCUCUCUAUGCCCCUGAUUCCAGACUCAGUGCAGCAAUACAUGAGUUCCUCCUCUAGAAAACCGAGCUUUCUCUGGCUGUUAGAAAAGAGGCUAAAGAGGCCUAGAAUCCAGGGUGUUGUGUUUGAAUCCCCUGAGGAAAAUGCUGAUCGAUCUCAAGCUGACAGAGACUCCAAGAAGACCAAGAAAGAAAACCUUUCUCCCUGGCCAAGGGACCUUGAGAAACAACAUUCCCCCCAUCCUUUGAGGGUCAAGAAGCAGUCGUUCCCAGACUUCUACAGUAAAGAAUGGGACGAGGCAGCUCCUUUCUGUGAAUCCCAGAAGAUGGUGACUGUGUUGACUGCCCCCUUGGGAUUUUCAGUGCAGUUAAAGCCUCCAGAUGAGAAGUUUCUCUCUCCAAAACCUAGGGAGGAAAUUGGCUUAGAGCCACCCUUGAUACCUAGGGGAGACAAUGAUGACCCAGCAGCUAUAGGGAACCAGAGAGCCUGGAUAAGCCAUGAUUCUCCCCCAUCUCACAGCAGCAAGGCUGCCCCUCUUCUAGUUACUGAGAUCAGGAGCCUAGCGCUGAAGUACCUUCUGACUCCAGUGAACUUUUUCCUGACAGGGUUCUCUUCCAGAAGCUUUGACCAGCAAGUGGAAAAAUACCAUCAACCCUCACUGAAGUAGAGACAGGAGAAAAUGCAGACAACCUUGUUUGAUACAGUACUGCAGUUUUGAACAUAGUAGCCAAAGACUAGUAGUGAGAGCUUGUUUGGGGCCUUACUUCUCUUUACAGGAUCCUGUGGGCUCACCCUGGAGCAGCAUUUCCCAAAGCUUGCUCACUGGGGUCAAGGUGUCUAUGAACUCUUUAGUUUUAUAGUUCAUUAGGGUUAAGAAACACUUUUUGUUAUAAAACUUUCAGAGUGUGCAUGAGCACAUUAAAGGUUCUUAGUAGUCCUAUAGUAACUUAAUCUGUUUGAUUUUGUUUAACUCUGUAUUUUUCAAACUUUUAUGAACAUGCAGUCCUUUUAUAUGGGUGCAGAGCAUGUGUAUCAAAAAGAAUCAGGUUAUUCCCAUUGUUAUUUUGUGUGUAGUGCCAUUCCCCAUAUCCCCUUCUUUCUCUUCCCAGAUGGAAGUCCCUAGGAAGUUUUAUGUAUUUAAUUAUGAACUGUGGUGCUGAAGGGUAAAGUGGUGACCCAAGCAGCACGUUCCAGACACAAGUGUCACUGACUUGUUCUGACCCCAUCCAGCUAACUUCCUGUCUCUGCCUCUGGGAGGGAAGAGGAAAUGAUGAAAAGGCCUUGGAACAGUGCUGAAAAAUUCCACCUCUGCCUUCUUCUGAGGGGGUGAAAUUAGUGUCACUGGGGACCCAUUUGGAACAGAACCAGCAAGGGGGUUGGGCACCCCUCACCAAGGCAGUACGUGGAACCCCACUGAACAUUAAGGCUUAGGGUAUGAGGGCUCUUGGCUGCCUAGAGGCACUGACUUUGGCCAAAGGAUAAAGUGUAAGUAAAGUUACAAGAGAUCAAAUGUGCUGCCAGAUAUUCCUCUGAUUGUUCACAUAGCUGGGAUAUUUUUGUGCCCCCCAACCCCCCUUGAUUUGAGCAAGAAGCCAGAGCACACAGCCUGUUUGUUUUAGUAUCCAGGGAAAAGACCAAGGAGCCAGCUGGCUGGAAGAGAUGGGGGUAUGCAGUUCUGCCCUGUCCUUCUGCUUAUAACCUGACAAAAUGCCAAACCAAUAAGCAGGACAGCUGAUACCAUGGCUAUGAAGAAAUUGGCUCUGAGAGGGCACAGACACUUGGAGCUGGGCAUGUGGAUCCAAACUGCUUCAACAUGGAGUUUGAAGCCUUAGAAAUAAAGGCUGUUGCUUACCCAAGGGAAAAAUAGUUUUUUGUUUUGUUUUGUUUUGUUUUUUUUGUACAUACUAAUUAUACAGAAUAGUGGGGUUAAGAGUUUUCUACUUUUGGAGGAAGAAAUGAAGAGUUUAGAAAGCAAAAUAAGGCUUUGCUCUUGAGCAAGCUAUAUACAGCUCUGUUUUGUCAGUGACCUUCACUGUAAGCCUCCCAAGGGCCUACCUACUAGGAGCCAUAGCAGGCGAGGCAUGUGGUUCAACAGGAAACCUGGGCAUUGUCUGGGCUUGAAUCCAGGGCACCCUGGGUAAACUGCUUAACUUUAGUGGAGCCUUAGUUCCUAAGCUGUAGAAUAGAGAUUGUAAUACCUACCUCUCAUGAUUGCUAUGGAAAUUAAAUAAUAGGUAAAAAUCUCCUAGCUCCAAAUCUGCCACAUCAUGGGUAUUUCAAAUGUUGGUUCUCAGGGAUAGGGGUAUAGUUUAGUGGUAGAAUGUACUCUUGGUAUGCAUGAGGUCUCAGAUUUAAUUUUAAGAAACAUACUCACAUAGUUGGUGCUCUUAGCCUCUGGUUCUUAAAAAAAAUUACUCUGGGCUUAGAAGGCUGAGGCAAGAGGAUCAUGAAUUCAAAGCUAGCCUCAGCAGUGAGGCUCUAAGCAACUCAUCAAGGCCCUGCCACUAAAUAAAAUAUA